AUGUCAACUAUCAAUGACAGUAUCCCUCCGAAUACAAGGAAGAGGGACGAUGACGACGACCAUAAAAAGCCAAAAGAACAUAAGGAAAAGGGUGAAAGUUCCAAAUGUAUCAGUGACCUCCUUAUAAAUGUGACCAAUGAUAAGGCGCUCCCUACCGAAAGGCCAUCGGCCCAUAGUAAAGCAUAUACUAAGAAGGUCACUUCACCUGGGAGGAUCAGGAAACACAAAACGACAACACCUCCCACGAAAUCGCGCCCAAAGAGUAAGAAAAAAGAAGUUUCCGGAGGCACGACUACUAAAGAGGAGAGGGGUUCAUUUUAUCAAGGUGCUAUUUUCGGAUCAUUCCUCGGUGCUGCUGUAACAACAGUUUUAAGUAAUCUGGCAGUAAAGGCUUUUCAAAAUUAG